CAGUUUGUUUUUUCAGUCAUUCAGUUUUCGAGUUUCGGUGUGCAAAGAACAAAAACGUAAAUUUGUGAAUCUUAUUUUGUAAAAAACACCCCUGUAAAAAGCGAGAGGAAAUUAAACGACGAAACAACGGAAGACUGAUCAGAUUCAAGCGCUUUUUCCAGCAUGACUCAACCGGUGGACAGCUCUUUUUCGUACUGGUCAACCAACCCAGGCGCCGGAGCAACAACAGACAACUCUCGUCCAUCACUCCUCGGGACCACAGAGUCCAGUGGGCAGAUGUCGCCCUACGCCCCGUCGUUCUAUCCCGCCGGCUCAUACGCGGCCCAGCUGCUGGCCCAGGCCCAUAAGCCGCAGGAGAACGGGAGGAAUGCGGCUAUACAUGCACAGAACCGCCACCAGGAGCGGACUACCGGCAUGUCUAGCUUCUUCGAUUCCGCCGCCUUGUCGGGCGAUGGUCCACGAGCCCCCCAGUCGAGCGGAGGCCCGAACAACUACCCCCAGUCGAGCGGUGGUCUAAGUAACAUCUUUCCACGUGCCCAGUCGACGGGCGUACGAAAUGACAACCCAAGUGCCCAACCAUCGGGCCACAAUUCACGGGCCCAAACAAUUAGAGUCACGAAUCCCUGCUUGCCGAUUACUCGCCACCUCUUAAGUCCGGAAAGAGAGCCGCGCUGGGCAAAUGCUACUCUACCGGCGCCAGUCCGUCCAGAGCUGGCUUCUCCGGCUCCUACUCGCACGCGAUACUCGACAGAUGGCGAUCACUCACUGCCCUUAUCCGCAGUACCCCGUACUGAUCCCACCGAAGAGUACUGCGCCAAGCUCCUUAGGAACCUGCAAAACGAGUCCUCGAGUAACGCCGCUUGGGUGGAUCCAAGGAUGCCAGCAGCGAGGCCGCAGUCCUCGAUAACGCCGCCGACGGCUACGGCGACGGCGUACUAUCCCCCCUUUGAGGAAUUUGUCGCGCAGUUAGACAAUUGGGACGUAAGGCGGGAGGAGUUCAUAGGAACGCUGCGGAAUCUGAUGGUGCGCGCCAACGACUUGUUGAAGCCAUUGCUUGGCGGCCGCUUCAGCCAGAUGACACCCGAGCAGAUCGCCGCCUACACCUCUACCAUCAUCAACAGUGGGCCACUGCAUCCCAGCCUGUUCCUGCCGUUCCAUGCUCAGCGACCAUGGGAGGGCGACGGCCUUGAACUGCCUUCCAGCCAUCCACACAGUCUGACGCCCGAGGACUUGGCCCUAAUCAGAGCUCUUUGCAGCAAGAAGGACGCCACCACACAGACAGAGUACGAUUGCCUCUGCAUGCUAUUGGGCUUUCCGGGGAUCCCGCCGCUAUGUCGUCCCGAAGCUGGUCCAUUCACGGGACCGCCAUUGUUUGAAAUGACCCCGAACGGGCUGCGUCUCGCUCCAUUGGGUGAUGUAUCGCCACUACAACCGAUCCUGAACUUUGCAUCCGAAACUGGAGCAGGAACUCCUGGAGCAGAACUUGGAGCUGGGGCAGGGCUUGAGCCGGGCACGGGAUUCGCACCUGGAGCAGGAUACGGACAAACCGCCGGAUACGGACAAACCGCAGGACUCGGACCUGGAGAAGGGUCCUGCGGACCUGGAUAUACUGAUCAUAUUUUUGGACCUGGAGCAGGAUUUGGACCUGCCGCAGGGUUCGGAACUGGCGCAGGACUUGUAACUGGGGCUGGAUUCGGACCUGGAGCAGAUAUGGCAUCCGGGGCAGGACUCGCACCAGGUGCAGGAUAUGGACCUGCAGCAGGCGUCGUACCUGGAGCAGGAUUUGGACCUGCAGCAGGGUUUGGAACUGGCGCAGGACUUGUAACUGGGGCUGGAUUCGGACCUGGAGCAGAUAUGGCAUCCGGGGCAGGACUCGCAACAGGUGCAGGACUUGGACCUGCAGCAGGCGUCGUACCUGGAGCAGGAUUUGGACCUGCAGCAGGGUUUGGAACUGGCGCAGGACUUGUAACUGGGGCUGGAUUCGGACCUGGAGCAGAUAUGGCAUCCGGGGCAGGACUCGCACCAGGUGCAGGAUAUGGACCUGCAGCAGGCGUCGUACCUGGAGCAGGAUUUGGACCUGCAGCAGGGUUUGGAACUGGUGCAGGACUUGUAACUGGGGCUGGAUUCGGACCUGGAGCAGAUAUGGCAUCCGGGGCAGGACUCGCACCAGGUGCAGGAUAUGGACCUGCAGCAGGCGUCGUACCUGGAGCAGGAUUUGGACCUGCAGCAGGGUUUGGAACUGGCGCAGGACUUGUAACUGGGGCUGGAUUCGGACCUGGAGCAGAUAUGGCAUCCGGGGCAGGACUCGCACCAGGUGCAGGACUUGGACCUGCAGCAGGCGUCGUACCUACGGCAGGACUAGGACUUGGAGCUGGUGCAUGGCCCGUACCACUAACAGGAUGGCCGUAUGCUGGUGACACGCCUCCGCAACCUCAUCAGAUGCCUCCACCCUAUCCUCCUUUUGGGCAAGCGCCGGCUACCCAAGCGCCAUAUGGAUAUCCCAACAUCAACAUCAACAUGCAUCCGAGUUCGAGUUUGAAUUCGAAUCCGAACGCGAACAUGUAUCAGCUACAGCAAAUGCCACCGCAUAUGUAUCCGCCUGGUCCGACAUUUACGAAUCAACAAAUGAAUUUCCCUCCCCCGAUAAUUGGACCAAUGCCGCCACAGAUGCAUCCGUCAACGCAUGCAAAUAUGUACCCGCACAUGGCUCCGCCACCUGUGCCAUUAAACACGGAUGCACAAAUGAACUCCAUCGCGAAUCUCCCUCUCUAUCCCUACCAUGACCCAUACAUGAACAACAUCGUGUACUUAUAUCCUUACAUGGAUCCUAAUGUGCAGCCGAAUCAUCCGAGCCCUCACAUGCAGCCACCACCCAUUAUUUAUCAUUCAUUCUGUGGACAUCCAUUUUGGGCUCCACCUUCAAUGGGCAGACCGAUGCUUUAUCCAGAUCCUUGGAUGAACGCUAGUGGUCACCGUUUUGGUUACCGUUCCAGCCACGGCCACGGCCACGGCCCCUUCAAUGGAGAACAGACCAGACAUGGAUCAUACAGCGGACAUUCCACCAACAAGAAACGCGACCACCAUCGCCAACGCUUCCAAACGCCACCUAACCCACCUGUGGAAGAAGACCCCACCUCGGAUUUGACUUCCGAAGCGAAUUCGGACUCGGACACCGUAGUGGGAGUAGAACCAAUGUUAGAUGGCGAGGUAAUUCUAACACUACGGAUGUCCGACAACGUCGAGACCAUAGAGCAGUGUAACGACACCGCCAUAGUGGAAAUCGCUGCCGGGGCCAGCGAAAGCGCAGGGUCGGAUGGGAUCUGCCCAGGAUCUUUCAGUGGGGUGAUCACAAUCCAGCAUAUUCCAGUCAGUAAUACCAAUCACCAGAUCGACGACAACGUGAGCUCGAGCAAAGACACCAACGAGAAGAGUUCUGUUUGUGCCUCCGACAACAAUAAGCCAACAGACCAGCAGACGCAGGCCGAAGGAGAGUCUCGCAGCCAGGAAGGUACCCCUGCCAACGUGAAUCUCGAUGGUACACGGUUCAUGGGCUACGCCGUACGCACCGUCAGUGGGGACGACAACUCGGAAGAAUCUAAUCCCCCCCCGCGGGCCACUCCUGCCACCCCAGCGAACGUUCCCGUACCACUUGAGCCGAUCUCUGUACCGACGAACAACACAGGGCACGACUCUCCUCAGAUGGAGCAACCGAAUCGGAAUAUGCUGCCCUGCGCCAAUGUGCCGCCGACCGUCAUUGAUGAGCCGCAAUCAUCACCGACCCAGGUGGCGGGGUCCGUUGUUCCGGCAAGACUAGUGAGCGGUCAGGACUCUGUAGCUGGAGAAAGUAUGGGGACUCGCCCAACCUGGCACUCUCCUCCUACUUUGGAUCGCAGCGAAGAGUUCAUCGGCCCCAGCUUUGGGGGCAUCAAUUUCACCAUACACGACAUAAAUCCACGCAGAAUUAGCCCAACUGCCACCACAGAAGGCGACUGCAUCAACAUACUCAGCAAUCUGCGAAACUUGAACUACCUGCCCGAUCCAAACGAUAACAUUACCAGCAAUCAGAAUGAAAAUCGACAUGUGGGAUCGAACAUUAAUUAUACUUCGGAUCCAAUGCAGAUGACGUCCUCGAUGCCUUUGCCGAUUACAACUUCCAAUUCCAACGUGUUCAUGCGAGCCCCGCAAAACCCCAGUCCCAUAAAUCGUAUGAUGCGGAUGCCGCUUCCAACACCAACUGCUGAAUCCAAUGUCAUGCGAUUAAAUAAUAUGUUGCCGAUGCUGAUGCCUAUGCCCCGUCCAAUGGAAAUGUCUGAAACUGAUCUCAGCGCCGUUUUCAUGCAACCGAGUAGUCUGCUGAUACCGGGGCCAAUACCGGCUCCGUUGCCCAUUCCCGAAUCCAAUAACAUGGUGAUAGAUGAAAUGUCCAUGAUCCCGCUUCCGCUUCCGCAUCCCCAAUCCCAUAUCGCUGUUGUGUCCAAUAAUACAGGCGAGAGAGAAUUUUUCGUGCAAGCCACAAGAAUAAUAGCCCCACUUCCGCUUCCCAUGCUUAGUUCCACGCACAAUGCCAUGGCGAUCCCGGAAAAUUAUCGUGGCGCAAGCAACGAUGCCGUGCAACCCGACAUCUCUACGAAUCCUUCGAUUCCAAUACCAAUACCAGUACCUCACAUGCCCCUUCCCAGGCCCAUUGUCAUGUUAAUGCCUGAAACGGAUCGUAGCGAAAACAACGUGUUCAUGGGUGCCGAGAUGUCACUACCGUUUCUGAUUCCCCCACGAAAUGGAAUGGGGAUGCCAUUGCGUCCGGAUCGGUCGCCUAUGCGUCGGAUCUUCUACCAAAUGGCGCACUUGCACAACCUAAAUAUUUUGAAUUUGAACGGGACUGUGCAACCUCCCUCGAGGGAAAAUUUCAACACAAACUUGGGCUUUGGCUUGAGUCCGGGAUUGCCAUUGGAUAUGGACGUAGGUGUCGUAGAAGCAAUCGUAAUUCCAGAUAUCGACGGACCAAUCGCCCCCGCAACAGAAUCUCCAGUCAAUUCUACCCAUCUUGACCCAAUGCUCCUGCCGGUGUUUGAAGAGGAGCAGAGUGGUAGUGAUCCAUCCUCAAGUGACGAGAUCAUCUUAAGCACAGAGUCCUCGCCCAGAACCAUCUCUUCUAGCUGGACGACUGAGGAAGAACGAUCCAUCACCGGCACAGAAUACCUGGAUAUCAACGGUCCCACCAAUACCAAAACAGAAUCCCCAGUGAACAACACUACUGACAGCCCAAUAGAGCAGACGAUUGGGGGAGAUCAUUACAGCAUUGAUCAAGGUGCCAGUAAGGAGUCAGCAGAGCACAGCCAUAUUGGUGAACACUUCAGGGAGAACUCAAUUGCAAUGGGUCUGGCGUUGCAGGAAAAGGAUAGCAACAUUGUUCCGGAUUUAACGCUAAUGCCUUCGACGACGGAAGAAUAUAGGAGCAGCAUUGAUCAGGACUUGAUAUUAGUGCCUUCGACGAUUGAAGUAUAUGGUAGCAGCGUUGAUCAGGACUUGACUCUAAUGCCCUCGACGACGGAAGCAGAUGGGAGCAGAAUUGAUCAGGACUUGACAUUAGUGUCCUCGACGAUUGAAAAAAAUGCGAGCAGCAUUGAUCUGGACUUGACUCUAGUGCCUUCGACGAUGGAAGAAGAUUGGAGCAGCACUGAUCAGGACUUGACAUUAGUGCCUUCGACGAUGGAAGAAGAUGGGAGCAGCAUUGAUCUGAGCUUGACCUUAGUGCCUUCGACGAUGGAAGAAGAUUGGAGCAGCACUGAUAUUAACGAACCCUUCGCCACCGCAACCACAGUUGACGGGACGCUUUACAACCCAUCUCUUUUCAACGGAUCUAUGAUAAGCACCGAUACCGGAACAGAAUCCCCAGUGGAUAUCACUACUGACAGCCCACUAGACCAGACGAUUGGGGGAGAUCAUUACAGCAUUGAUCAAGCCGCCAGUGAGGAGUCAGCAGAGCAAAGCCAUAUUGAUGAACACUCCAGGGAGAACUCAAUUCCGAUGGGUCUAGCGUUGCAGGAAGAGAAUAGCAACAUUGCUCUGGACUUGACUCGAAUGCCUUCGAAGACCGAAGAAUAUGGGAACAGCAUUGACGAAUCCUCAAGCGAGAGAUUUACUCCGCCGGAAGAAAAUACCAACAUGGAUAAAGCAGUAAAUGGAAACUGCACUCAAGACUCCACAGAAGAUUCCACGGCUAAAAAAGAUAUCCCAUCCCAGUAAAGACACGUCUAAACCAAAACUUAACAUCUACAGACUGAACAACAAAGCGAGCUUACUAAAGCGGGUUACUAUAUUUUUAAGUUUAUUUUCAAAAUUUGUUUGUAGUUUUUGUAUCUCCAUUUGGACUCGUACCACAAUAUGCCUUUUUAUCUGGUGCACUACCCACCAUAGCGACAAAAAAACAAGCAAGAUCAGCUAGAUCCAACCUUUGAGACUGGCACCAGGGACCUGAUCCACAAUCGACACUCAAGACUGUUCAAAAGAAUCUAAAUUUGUGUAAAUUUGUAUUUAUAUUAAUGUAUUAAUGUAUCGAAACAUUUGCAAGCCUUUAGAAUAAACACAAGACACCUAGCCACUAACAAACCAUUCAUCU